AUGGAGGAGGCGCUGAAGCGAGCGCUCGGCACUGAGGUGCUGCGGCCGACCGGGCACACGGGGGGCGGCUGCAUCAGCCAGGGCCAGAGCUAUGACACGGACCGCGGCCGGGUGUUCGUGAAGAGCAACUCUCGGUCGGAGGCCAGAAGAAUGUUUGAGGGAGAAAUGGCAAGUCUGGAAGCCAUCCUGAAAACACAGACGAUAAAAGUGCCUAAACCCAUCCAAGUUAUAGACCUGCCUGGGGGCAGUACUGCGUUUGUGAUGGAACAUUUGGAAAUGAGGGGCUUAAACAGACAUUCAGCACUGCUCGGAAGUCAGCUGGCUGAUCUUCACCUUCAUAAUCAGAAACUUGGACAGAAGCUGAAGAAAGAAGGGAGCACAGUUGGUAAAGGUCAAGGGGAAACAGAAGUUCAGUUUGUGGAUCAGUUUGGCUUUCAUACAGUUACCUGCUGUGGAUAUCUUCCACAGGUGAACGACUGGCAGAGUGACUGGGUGAGUUUCUUCACCAGACAAAGGAUCCAACCCCAGAUGGACAUGGUUGAAAAGAAAUCAGGUGACAGGGAAGCAAGAGAACUUUGGGCACAGCUGCAGCUGAAGAUACCCAGUUUAUUCUGUGAUGUGGAAAUCGUUCCUGCUCUCCUGCAUGGGGAUCUCUGGGGAGGAAAUGUAGCUGAGGAUGAUUCUGGUCCAAUUAUCUUUGAUCCAGCUUCUUUCUAUGGCCAUUCAGAGUAUGAGCUUGCAAUAGCUGGGAUGUUUGGUGGUUUCAGCAGUUCUUUUUAUUCUGCUUAUCACAGUAAAAUUCCCAAAGCUGCAGGGUUUGAAAAACGCCUGAAGCUUUAUCAGCUGUUCCACUACAUGAACCACUGGAACCAUUUUGGUUCAGGGUACAGAGGGUCUUCUUUAAACAUUAUGAGAAACCUUGUUAAGUAAUUUGCUGCUUAAGCCAAAUACUUCCUGUGCUGUUUGGAGAUCCCCAUACUUAGUGGUGCAGCUGCAGGAGUAGUAAUGUUAAAAACAGCCUGUGAGACCCAUGACCUUGUAAAAGACCUAGAACCAGUGACUCCUGCUGAAUACCAGGUGUGAAAUAGUCAUCCUUUCAUAGGACUGCUGGGGAUAACUCCACAAGGGAGAAAACUAAGGAAGGAGUUUAUUAAUUUGCACAGUGAAUAAAGGUCUCAGUGUCCAGAAACCACACGGGACUGUACAGGGUAAUACAAACACCAAGGAGAUGCCUAAAAUAAGUUGCUCGCUGCAUUUUGCUGUAUCUUCCUCCCUCUUUCAGCUUUUCACAUCCAGCUGUGUGCAUGAGAGCAAAUCAUAACAACAGAGCUUGAAAGGCCACAGGAAAAUUAUGUAACAGGAACUGUGAGAAGGGAUUUGGGCUUGCUAUUAAUUUUCACAGAAUCGGAGUUUGUGAGGCUGGGGAUCACAGAAUCUAGUCCAACCUCCCUGCCUAAGGAGAUUAUUCAGGAUUGGGUCCAGAGGCUUUUAAAGACCUCUAGAGUUUUGCUGAUUGAUUCCAUUGGAUGCAGACUGUUGGUGCCUUCUGGAAUGUUUGUAGGCUGUUCUGUGCUUUCUGGUCAGUGAGCUUUUAUCCACAACAAUUUUGCUUCCACCAGAACUAGUUCUUUUCCUUUUUUGGAUUAUUCUUUUGUCCAGUAGUGCAUAUUCUUAAAGAACUUUCCAGGUAAGACACUUUUCAUGUACACACCUUGUAGGACAUGUAUUCUUUAAUGAAAUCAAACCUGUACAUGCUUCACACAUAUGACUAAAGUCACUCCAAAGAAGUGAAAAAAGGAAACAAUAAAAAUAUAGUUUAAAAGGGGAAGGACGUCAGGGUAGACUCCUGGGAUGGCUCACAGGCUGUAACCCUCUUCUUCUCCAUAGGAAUGCCAGGUAAUUUUAUUCCAAGGGGAUACUACUGCUUGUGCUUUCUGAUACCAGUGUGUUUAUCAACAAUAGUUUAUCAACCUUAUUCUGGCACAAGGAUCAGUAAACCACAUUUUAUAUGUCACUAGCACCACAAAUGUGCUUGUGAGAAUUCUAGUGCAGACUUCAGGUGCUGCACUGUUCACUGUAAAAUAUUGUGUGCAAAGUUGACCCAGGGCCUCAGACACACAAGGAAGGAGAAGAUGUAGACAUUUCUUGAUAACCUGGAAAGCAAGGGGGUCUUCCUUCCUAAACUCUCACAUGACAGUCCCUACUAAGUGCAUGCUGUAGCUGUUGUAAGAGACAGGAAACCAAGGGAAGGUAACAUGUAACUCGCAGAGCAGCACUUCACCAGUGUCUGAAGUCCUUGAUGAUGGCUCCACAGCCUGUGGCUUUUGCCUGCAAGGAGUUAAUAAUGAAAUUAUGCUCUUUUUUAUGUAGGCUGGUAGUAGUGCUCCUGUGCAAGCAUACCAGGUAGGUGAGAGUGAUGCAUGAUUCUAACAUGCUCUUUGAGUGUUGGGGAAUGACUUUUAUUAACUGAAACUGCUUUGCACUGGGUAUUGGCAGAUCAGUGAGGGUUUUCUAGUUGCUAGUUUGGCUGUAACUUAACACAAAUUGGAAACAAGUUUGGAGAAAACUGGUAUUCCUUACAGCUUUCCUUAAUUCUGCUACUUUUCUCACUGGCUGACUUUUGUGGCAAAAAAUCUGCUUGGUAUAAUAGGUUUUACUUGUACCUUGUUGCCUGAAUAAAAGGUUUCCCAAUUGA